AUGCCCAACUCGAGAGACGAAUCGCCAGGCGACGAUUACUUCAACGACCUGUCACAGCAGCCUUCGCAUCAGGCCGAGCACGAGACGAAUGGCGAGCGUCGCAACUCUCAAGAAGCCGAGAAUGGGCAGGUGCCCAAGCCAAAGAGGAUUGCGUGUAUUUUGUGUCGCAGAAGGAAAUUGAAGUGCGACGGCGUCAAGCCUGCGUGCGGUACUUGUACUCGGCUCAGCCACGACUGCUCAUAUGAUGAAGUUCGUCGAAAGAGUGGGCCCAAGAGAGGCUACGUCAAGGCUCUCGAGGCAAGGCUGGCCCAAGUGGAGACUUUGCUCAGAACGCAGGACGAACCUUCCACAACGGGCAAUCAAGAUGCUCCAACACGUCAAAGAUCGAAUGGAAGAGCCGCUGACACAGGCGCCGCAAAGGAUGAGCCGUUUCCUUGGGAGAUGAUCGGACUCGGCCUUGACGAACCUCUUCCCACCCAGGACGUUGUCAACGAGCUCAACACGAUCUACUUUGAAAAAGUCCAUCCGUCCUUGCCAAUGGUUCAUCGGCCGCGCUACUAUGCUGCCAUGAACCUUGCGCCUCAUAUGCGACCGCCGGUGUGCCUGCGCUAUGCAAUGUGGGCGAAUGCUGCAGCUGUUUCUGACAAGUACGAUGGCCUCCAAGAGCAUUUUUACCAACGUGCAAGAAAGUACAUCCAGCAGGAUGAAAUGAAAGGUCAUGGCGAAUCCAUGAUCACAGUUGCUCAUUGUCAGACAUGGGCACUGCUCGCGACCCAUGAAUUCAAGCUGAUGUAUUUCCCCCGCGCUUGGAUGUCUGCAGGUCGCGCCUGCCGCAUGUCGCAGAUGAUGGGUCUGCAUCGGCUUGACGGGACAGGACUUGAUGUGAAGCAGUGCUUGCCGCCUCCGAGGGACUGGACAGAGAGAGAGGAGAGACGACGGACGUUCUGGAUGUGCUUUUGUGUAGACAGGUAUUCCAGCAUCGGAACCGGCUGGCCCAUGACGAUAGAGGAGAAAGAUAUCAUGACUAGCCUGCCGGUGGAGGAGAACGCAUUCGAGUUCAGCAGGCCAACCAAGACAAUGUCUCUAUUUGACUCGUUGCAUCCUUCAGGCCCUCAAAAUCUGUCUUCGUUUGCUGGCGUCAUUCUUAUGGCUUGUCUGUUUGGGCGCAAUCUUACGCAUCUGCAUAGACCGAGUCCAGACGACCACGAUGACGAUCUGAACGGCGAUUUCUGGAAACGGCAUAGGAGCAUGGAUAACAUUCUUCUGCAUACCGCACUCGCAUUACCAGAGCCUCUGCGACUGCCAUCGGGACUGAAUAGCCCCAACACAGUAUUCAUGAAUAUGAACAUCCACACAUCAACCAUUUGUUUGCACCAAGCUGCGAUAUUCAAGGCCGACAAAAACCGUAUGCCGGCACGUAUUUCUGCGGAGAGCAAAGUCAGAUGCAUUACCGCCGCCGCUGAAAUUGCGAGUAUCAUGCGACAAAUAAGCCAUCUGGACUUGUGUGCGAUGAACCCAUUCAUCUCAUUCUGCCUAUAUGUCGCAGCAAGGGUCUUCGUUCAAUAUCUGAAGUCCAGACCAAAGGAUGCCCAGGUCAAAGCGUCCCUUCAAUUUCUCCUGUCUGCCAUGCACGCUAUCAAGAGGAAGAAUCCAUUGACCGAGUCCUUCUUGGUGCAGUUGGACGUUGACCUAGAAAGCGCUGGACUGGAAGACUCAGCGCAGCUCCGGUCCCAGAUGAAGAGCAUGUCUUCCGCCUCUCCUCACAAAUCACCAGGUUGCCCCAUGUCGGAAUAUCUGGGAAUGGACAAAGUGGCCUCCACAUUCAAACCGACGUACGGCGACUCUGGUCUCGCCGCCUACAACGUUCCGCACCAGCAAGCGAAUGACUUGUCUGCUGCGCCAGCGACUGCACAGAACAGUGGCGGCAGUAUGUCUCAAUUUGAGCUUCC